UGGAGGUGUUAUAUUGCGGGAGACCCAUAUCCGUGGAGUCGUACUGGCCGACUUGACGUUGAAUGAACUCGUUACGGUCUCGUCUGCUCCUCGGAAGAUUCACGGAACAUCGAUCCAACGAUAAAAGGCGACGAGCCCCGACCGAGAAUUCCCGCAGCACCACAUCACACCACACCUGGCUUUAGGGCAGCCACCGUCAUUUAGGGUCACGGCGCGGGGGGUUACAACUUUGGUAAAACGACGCGUUCGGCGAGAAACCGUCCCGUGCUCGUGAGAUGGCCGAAGGAGAGACCCAGCCCGAGGCCCCGGCAUCGGGCAAUGGAAGAGACUCGAGUUCGGCCCAUACGCCGCCCCCGCCUCCCAUCCCAGCCGCCGACCCGAGGCUACAAGACGUCACCAAUACCGGCAGCCAUGCGUCGUCGCCUGAUGUCGUGGCCGAGAUUGACGACAUAUUCAAGGUUUCCCCGCAGGCCGCCCUGAGGUUGCUCAGUGCGGGCAUCGAGGCGCUGGUGAGCAUGACGGGAGACAUUCCCCCAACACCGCCGCCUCGGAGCCCGACAAUACCACACAUGAGAGGGAUGGAAGCGGAGAAGAAGAGCAUUGUGCGGUCAAACUCGGAAAAGAACCUGGCACGACUAGCGCAGCGGGGGAGCGCGUCCAACUCGCCCCUCCCCGGGCGUUCACCACUCCAACAAGCCCAGUCGUCUUCCGAGCCUGUGCCUGCGAAACCGCCACCCGCGACGGCACAGUCGCAGGUCAUCGACGGAGUACGCCUCCGCACGACCGGUCCCGCGCCGCGGACGCCGCCGUCCAGCUGUUCGGGAUCGCAGUCCUCCCAGCCGCUCGCGCCGUACAUCAUUGUGGGUGAAAACUCGCAGCCGCUUAACCAGCAGCACAGCGCCAUCACCCGCAAGUUCUACUGCCGCGUCCCGCCGCCCAUCUCCAUCACCGACUACUUGCUGCGGAUGCACCGCUACUGCCCCAUGUCGACGGGCGUCUACUUGGCUACGUCGCUCUACAUACACAGGCUGGCAGUCCUGGAGCGCGCCAUCGUGGUGACCAAGAGGAAUGCCCACCGUCUACUGCUGGCCGGCCUGAGGGUGGCCAUGAAGGCCCUGGAGGACCUCAGCUACCCUCACAAGCGGUUCGCAAGGGUUGGAGGCGUGAGUGAGAGGGAGCUGGCGCGGCUCGAGAUAAGCUUCUGUUUCCUAACCGGGUUUGAGCUGGCCGUGAACGCACACCUGUUGAGCCAGCAUUGGGAGCUACUCCGGCGGGGGACUGAGUGCUGGAAUGUGUUGGACGACGAUCUACAGCCGGAUGUGGGAUUUGUGAAACCCGAAAAGCCGCCUGGCGCGAGCGAUGUGAAGGCGGAGGCCUGAAGUGUCUCUUGAGAGAGCAUGAUAUCGAUCUCUUUCACCUCGCUCCCCGUCCGGCUCUGGCGGCGCUUAACCACGCAGCCAUG